ACCACCACCAGAACUGCACUGCUUUCAGCAGGGUCCAAUAUAACAGUGCUUCAGCAGUAUCACUUCAUCAAUAAAUCCCUGACCUGGUAUGAGGCUCAGAGCUUCUGCAGAUUAAAGUACACCGACUUGGCCACCAUAAAUAACAUGGAUGAUGAAAACCAGCUGAUCAACACACUGGACAGUAACGUGACAUCGUCAUGGAUUGGACUCUACAAUGGACAGACCAACAGGUGGCUGUGGUCUGAUGGCAGCGGCAUAGCGAGCUUCACCCAGUGGAGCUCUGGUGAACCAAGCAACUCUGGAGGGGUUGAGGCAUGUGGAUUGAUGUAUGAUAACGGCCUCUGGAAUGAUGCUCAGUGUGGAUUAGCCAUGGCUUAUGUGUGUUAUGAAAUUCAGCAGGAUGGCAGCAAGAAGUAUGUGGUUUACACACAGGGACAAACCUGGCAGAACAGUCAAGAUCUAUGCAGGCAGAAGCACACUGACCUGGCAUGUGUGCAGACAGUACAGGCAAAUUUAGCGAUUGCUGCAGUUACAAACGUAGUGUGGUUCGGUCUGUUUAAAGAUUCCUGGUACUGGUCAGAUGGAACAAAGACCUCCUUCAGGUACUGGAAAAGAGGCGGAACUUAUAGUGGAAACUGCGUUUCAGUGGAAGGAACACAGCAGGGACGCUGGAUACCAGCUGACUGUAACAAGAAAGCAACAUUCAUCUGUCAAGGAGGGCUCAAGCUAAAGAAGACGGUCAUAAAGAUGAAGGUGCAGUCUGAUGUGGAUCUCACUGACUCUACUACUUCCAGUCUAAUCCUACAGAAGUUGGAGACAAUCCUGAGUGAACAAGGGCUGACUGAUGUCCAACUUAAAUAUGAACGUGUAUUUCAACCUCAGCUGAAGACCACUGAGAACACGGGAUGCUGAGUGCAGAAGUGCCAAUGUCGUUUUACUGCAACAUUAGUGGUUAUAGUGGUUUGUAGAGCUGAUGGAUGGAAACAGAUUAUUUAAAGAUUGUUGCUUUCCCCAGUAAAUUUAUUGACCCUAUACUUGUGUAGUUCAUAACAGCUGAUGUAUAU